AUGGCCAGCAACAGAGUUCCUCUCCUACUUUCCUUCCUUCUGCUUGCUUACCUUGUUCUGGCUUGGGCAGCGCCUCUUCCAUCAGAACCUGAGUCUGCUACGGAUAUAUAUGAGCAUGCUGAUGACGGUAUCGCGCUAUUCAAAAUGAUGUCAAAAGCAACAAAAAGGCAAGCCCCAGGAGCUAACCAUCCUUCUGCUGCCCCUUCAACGUCCGAUGCCGCCGCUACUGAUAGCGUUCCUGCUGCCAGUCACGGUGGAAACACCAUAUCUGAGGGUAUACCUACCAGCACUGCCUCUGUUGGCGUUCCUAGUACAAGCACUCUCAGUCAUAGCGGUACAAAGUCUGAUGCAGGGGCGGCUAGUGGGAACACUCAAAAUCCCUAUACCUCUGGUAAUGGUAAUGAAACCGAUAGUGACGACGACGCAGAUGCAGUCAACAAUUCAGCCAUUGGUGACGAUAAAGCCACGAGCUAUGGGGCAACAGACAGUAGCAAUGAUCCUAGUGGACGAGAUUCUACUACAGGCCACUCCGGCUCAACCAAAGGGCCCCUUGCAAUGGCUUAUUUCCCUGACUGGGCUGGAAUAACUGCCGAACAACUCGACUUUAGAGUGUUUGACUGGAUUGAUUUCGCCUUCGCUAUUCCCAGUUCGAGCGGUAGCGUCGACUUUCAGGACGAAUCCUCGGAAACAAAGCUUUUGGCUGAACUAGUCAAAGCCGCGCAUGCGGCCAAUACGAAAGUUAAACUUAGUGUUGGUGGAUGGACUGGUAGCAAGGAUUUCUCCAAGAUCGUCUCCUCUGGACAAGGCAGGAGCUCGAUGGCCGAAAGCAUGCUUUCCCUGUACAAGAAAUACAAGCUUGAUGGCAUUGAUAUUGACUGGGAAUAUCCUGGACAAGCUGGAGACACAUCUGCCUUCCAAAAAGAUGAUUCCGCAAACUUCCUCACGUUCUUACAACUUCUUCGUGAAACACUGCCUUCCGGUGCGAAAAUCAGCGCUGCUGUCCAGCCUACCACCUUUGUUGGUGACUACAGGCAACCUAUGAGUGAUAUGUCUAAAUUUGCCAAGGUUCUCGAUUGGGUUACGAUUAUGAACUAUGACGUUUCAUUAUCAUCUUCGACGCCAGGCUCCAAUGCACCUUUGGGUAGUUGCUCCAAUGCCAAACGGCCCAAUACCAACGCUAAAGGAGGUCUUAAAGCAUGGACGUCAGCGGGUUUCCCGGCUAAUCAGAUCGUCCUCGGGAUAGCAUCAUACGGAUACAUCUCAAAAUCCACGGCGAAAGAGUUGGUAAUUCGUGAUGACCGUUCGGCCAAAAGGCAAGAAACAUCCGGGGAAGUAGGUACUGGUAACACCGCGGGUAUUACAGGUGCUCCUACGGGCUCGGCACUUGGUUCUGGUGCUAUUAGCACUGCCGCUCGUUCUGCUACCCCGUCUACUACCUCAACUGGUGUCGAGGAUGAUGUUGCCAGCCAAAAAACAUCCGGCGGUGACGAUGAUAAAAAUACCACUGAUGGCAGUACUGAUGAUACCGCCGACAGUACCACCAGUGACACUACUGGCAGUGCGGGUGACAGUAUUAGGACCAGUGGGAGCAUAAGCCUGACUCCUGAUCAAGGUGGCAAUAACAUGAUUGUGUUCAACAGCCUCAUCAAGCAAGGUGCUCUGACGUCCGACUACAAAGGAGCCAAAGGAUUCACACGGCUCUGGGAUAAAUGUUCUAGUACUCCGUUCUUGCGUUCGGAAACCGCUGAUCAAGUCGUCUCUUAUGACGAUCCUCAGUCGAUCAUGCUCAAAGGCCAAUUUGUCAAAGAGUCUGGCAUGCUGGGGACGAAUAUGUGGGAUAUCAGCGGAGAUACGAAAGGAUGGGCGCUGAUGAAUGCGGCCAGGAAAGGGAUGGGCAUUUCGUCGAAAUCAUCAUCCUCAGGUUCUCAAACUUCCGUGAUGCUUCUGAAGAGCCCGGAGGCUCUGGCAGAAAUACCAACGGCGAUACAGAUGAAGACGCAAAAUGAUGGUUUGACAGUUCAGGGUCCCAAUACCGGAGGCGAUUCUACCGCGGGAACUUCUGGUCGUCCAUCUACAGCCAGCCAGAUUUCGGCAGUGACUAGCGGUUCACUUACUGCUAAUCAGACUCCAGUCGUAAAUGGCGGUGAUGCAUCCGCAUCUACCCCGAAUGAUCAAAGUGGCACCGUUGGUGGCUUCAACCGUCGUCGCCGACGUAUAUAUUCUUCAUCUGAGAGGUAA